AUGGCUACACCGUCUGUGACGUCAUUGGCGAUCGAGAGCAUAGUAUUCCCUCCGACCAUGAAGGCACCGGGAUCCACCAACAACUUCUUCCUUGGCGGCACAGGGGCUAGAGGUAUCCAAAUCCAAGACAAAUUCGUCAAAUUCACCGCCAUUGGUGUUUAUUUGCAGGAUAUCGCUGUUCCAUAUCUUGCAGAGAAAUGGAAGGCCAAAUCUGCUCAUGAAUUAACGGAUACCGUUCCCUUCUUCAGAGACAUCGUUACAGGUCCAUUUGAGAAAUUUAUGCGGGUGACAAUGAUCAGACCAUUGACAGGGCAAGAAUACUCAAACAAAGUGUCUGAAAAUUGUGUAGCCAUUUGGAAGUCUCUUGGGAUUUAUACUAAUGAAGAAAUCAAAGCAAUAAACAAGUUUGUUUCUGUUUUCAAAGAUGAAACAUUUCCACCAGGCUCCUCUAUCCUUUUCACAGUAUCACCCAAAGGAUCAGGAUCAUUAACGAUAAGUUUCUCAAAAGAUGGAUCUAUUCCAGAGGUUGAGACAACAGUUAUAUCCUGCGUCAAAGAUCACCUCGCCUUCAAAAUCAUAGCAGCUGCUUAGUUAUAAGUUUCAAAU